UUUAUAUUGUGACCAUGUCUUCAAUGCCGCAUUUAGAACAGAAAAUGACAGCUGGUGUUUCCGAGUCCCCAUGGGUCGCGUUGAGCCACCCCCUAUCCGACAAGGUGUCAAGGGAAGUCGAUGAAUACUUCCUUGAACACUGGAACUUCCCAGACGAGAACGCUCGACAGAAGUUUGUCGCGGCCGGUUUUUCUCGGAUAGUAUGCCUCUACUUCCCAAAGGCUUUGGACGACCGGCUACACUUCGCCUGUCGUCUGCUUACGCUCCUGUUUCUGGUCGAUGAUAUCUUGGAAUAUAUGUCUCUUGAAGACGGUAAGGCGUACAACGAAAAACUUAUACCUUUAUCUCGAGGCGACACGCAACCAGACAGAACUAUUCCUCUUGAAUAUAUCACCUAUGACAUAUGGCAUAGUAUGCGCGCCCAUGAUGAAGUCAUGGCAAACGAUGUAUUAGAGCCAGCCUUCGCAUUUAUGAGGGCACAAACGGACGAGCGUCGCCUCGAAAGUAUGACACUCGGUAGUUACCUCGAAUAUCGUGAAGGAGAUGUCGGAAAAGCUCUACUCAGUGCUCUGAUGCGCUUCUCGAUGAGUCUUGUAGUGCCUCCUGAAGACCUAGCUCUCGUAACACAAAUCGAACGCAACUGCUCUAAACAUAUAACGAUAAUUAACGACAUCUGGAGCUACGAGAAAGAAGUAGUUGCUGCAAAGAAUUCUCACAAAGAGGGUGGUGUCAUGUGCUCUGGUGUGGCCGUCCUAGCCCAGGAGGCCAGGAUCACGGCUGAUGCUGCGCAGAGGGUUUUGUAUCACCUAGCUCGCGAGUGGGAGUUGUCUCACAAUGUACUUGGGGACGAACUUCUCGCACAGAGAGAUACCCAGGAAUUAAGAGAAUAUGUCAAGGGCCUGGAGUACCAGAUGAGCGGGAAUGAGAUGUGGAGUAAAACUACCGGGAGGUACUCAGUUCACUAGCAGCAGCGUACUAGGGCACUGGAAUUAGGCAAAACAGCCACCUUCUAGAAGUUUAUCAAUGCGAGAGAGUACAAUAUGGCGUAGAAAUCCGAAAG